AUGGCUUCCAAUUGUUCUGACAGCUGGUGUAAUGAUGCAGAUGUUUGUCUCCAAGGGAAACUGCUAAGAGUGUCCCAAUGGAACCACAUGAUUGCUUUCAGUAAGACGCUGAACUGCAGGCUGUGGAAGGUAUACCAGUAUAUGCAUGAAACCAUAAACGUUAAUGGCUGUCCAGAAUUUCGUGCCAGGGCUACUGCAAAGGCAACAGUUGCUGCCUUUGCAGCAAGUGAAGGCCAUUCACACCCUCGAGUGGUAGAACUGCCAAAGACUGAUGAAGGCCUUGGUUUUAAUGUGAUGGGGGGGAAAGAACAAAAUUCUCCUAUUUAUAUUUCUCGCAUAAUUCCCGGAGGAGUAGCAGAAAGGCACGGAGGACUCAAACGUGGAGACCAGCUGCUUUCUGUUAAUGGAGUGAGUGUUGAAGGAGAACACCAUGAAAAGGCUGUGGAGCUUCUGAAAGCUGCAAAGGACAGCGUCAAGUUGGUGGUGCGCUACACCCCCAAAGUGUUAGAAGAAAUGGAGGCUCGUUUUGAAAAACUGAGGACAGCACGACGCAGACAACAACAACAGUUGCUAAUUCAGCAGCAACAGCAGCAAAAUGCACAACAAAACCAUAUGUCAUUGUUCUCCAGAAAGAAAUUCUAAAGAUCAAGAAUUCAGCAGCUUCACAGCAAAGCUGUGCUUCAUACUACAACACAGAGUGAAGAAGCAGCAGCACCAGCAAUGUGACAACUGCAUUCACCAGCAAACUGUGAAUUACUGCCAUAAGAAUUGUUUGACAAGCCAACACCACAAUAAACUAUCUCGGAAGCUUUUCAGUAUACUGAAGUCUUAGGAUGAAAAGGGGUUGUUUGAUACUGUUGUAUGGUAAGAUUUUUCAAAAUUUAAGACGUUUUGGAAAAGAAAAAAAAAAGAUGAAUCAGAGUAUUCAUGACGAAUGAAUGAAUGAAUGAUCCAGUCCUGCAAUCCUGGUAAUAGUACUUCAAUGGGAGUUUGUCAAA